AUGAAACUUUUUCAAUUGCUCUGUUCUUCUUUUUUGACUGUCAAUGCACAAGGGGAAAGCACAGCUCUGUACUACAAGGAUGUAAUUUCACAAGAUCUCGAUAAUUUUAUUCUGCUUUGGGAGGAUAAAAAAUUUGGCGGGAGAAGCUAUCCAAAGAACCAUCAUUUUCAUGGAAAAAUCAGAAAAGACAAUCGAAUGCGAAACCGAGUUUCCGAACUCAAAAAGCGAAUGGACCGAUUCUACAACCCCACAUCUUGCCAGAAGCCGUGGAAAAACCAGCCUGCGAAAAUUAUGGAACAGUGGUUUUCCAUCAUGGACAACCAUCCCUGCAGAGUGGCACAAAAUAUCGCUGAAGGGAUUAAUACUUGGCUUCAUAACUUUGGCUGCACAGAUGCGAUCAUUGAAAACGUCGAGAUCUUCUUCGACACCGAAAACAUGACCUCCCGAAGAAAGAAUCGAAUCAUCGGCCGUCGAGUUCAGAGCAUAAUCGACAACAACUAUCUCAUUUCCCGAGCUCCAUGCAAGAGGCGAUGGUACGAGCCCGAAACGACAACUUCUGGUGCAACCACUUCGACAGAAUACCAGACGACGACGCAGACGACAACGACGACUACAAGUUGGCAAUCAACGAGUCAAUGGUGGACGACAAUUUGGUCCUCGAGUACUGCUAGUACACCUUGGUAG